AUGGAUGGCUUUGAUAUUCUCAGCUGGGUCACAUACGCGAACCAGUCUUUUUGUAGAGUUAAAAUUGGAAAGGUAGAGCAAAGCACUCAUAAGGAAGAAGCUUUCACCCUUCAUGAGGAUGCCAUGAUAUGGGCUAGCGGUAUCCUGACUCAGAACUACCAACACAUCCUGGCCUUGAUGUUUGCUGUAAAGGAAGUCAAUGAAGAUGUCCUUAUCUUACAGAACAUCACUCUGGGCUUCCACAUCUAUAAUAACUAUUUCCUUCCAAAAUGGACCUGUCAUGCCUCAAUGGCCCUUCUCUCCACACGUAACAGCUUCAUUCCAAACUACAAAUGUGAUAAUAACACUGUGGUUGCAGUCCUUGGGGGACCGAAGUCUUUCCUCUGUCUUCAUAUGGCAACCAUUCUCAGCUUCUAUAAGAUUCCACAGAUCAUCUAUGGCUCCUCUCCUGUGGCAAAUGACAACAUUCAAGAUACUUCCUUGUACCGUGUGUUCCCAAAGAUAUACCUUCAGUACACAGGGAUUCUCCAGUUGCUCUUGCAUUUCAAAUGGAUAUGGAUUGGACUGAUUUUUACUAAUGAUGACAAUGGAGAAAGAUUGAUACAGGAAAUAGUACCUAUGUUUGCCCAAAAAGGUAUUUGCUUUGCCUUCACAGAAAGAUUACCAAGAAUAUCCUUUUCCAAUGAGAUUUCUCAAACUGCCACGAAGGGUUUCAAAAUGGUAGAGGUUAUGAUGAGAAGCAAUGCUACUGCAUUUGUUCUAAGUGGUGAAAUUUAUUCUAUGAUAUUCCUGAGAAUGUUGCCCCAGCUAAUAGAAAUUGAAGAUACAUUCAAGUUAAUGGGUAAAGUCUUUAUUAUGACAGCUCAGAUGGAUUUUACAUCACUUCCUUUUCAAAGAGACUGGAGCAUUGACUUCCUCCAUGGUGCUCUAUCCUUUGCCAUUCACUCAAGGGAUGUCUUCGGCUUUGAACAAUUCAUUGGGAUGAGAAACCCAACUUUGGAGAAGGAGGAUGGUUUCCUCAGGCUCUUCUGGGAAAAUACAUUUCAAUGCUUCUUCCCUGAGAAUGCAGUGGGGCAGGAGGCUGUGGAGACCUGCACUGGGGAGGAAAAGCUGGGGACAGUUCCCGCUUCUGUUUUUGGAAUGAGCAUGAGUGGCCACAGCUACAGCAUCUACAAUGCCGUCCAUUCAGUGGCACGUGUUUUGCAGGCCUUGCAGGCCUCCACAUUGAAGCACAGGUCCAUGGAAGAUGAUGGGAGAGGGAAGCUCUUGAACCAAGAGCCAUGGCAGUGUUGCUAUGACUGUCAUCCAUGUCCGAAAGGGAAGUUCUCCGGUCAGGAAGAUAUGGAUGACUGUUCUCUAUGUCCAGAAGAUCAGUAUCCAAACGAUGGCCAGAAUAAGUGCAUGCCUAAAAUCAUUACCUUUCUGACUUAUGAGGAGCCUUUGGGAUUUAGUUUGGCUAUUGCUGCUUUCUCAUUUUCUUUCAUCACUGCUUUAGUACUUGGGAUCUUCAUCAAGUACCACAACACAGCCAUAGUCAAAGCCAACAACCGUGACCUCACUUACACCCUUCUCAUCUCACUCCUGCUCUCUUUCCUUUGCACUUUGCUGUUCAUUGGCCAGCCUGAGAAGAUGACAUGUUUCCUUCGACAAACAACCUUUGCUAUAAUUUUCUCAGUGGCUGUUUCUUGUGUCUUUGCCAAAACCAUCAUUGUGGUUCUGGCUUUCAUGGCCACCAAGCCUGUGUCCCCAAUGAGGAAGUUGGCUGGGAAGAAGUUGGCAUCCUCCAUUGUUCUUUCCAGUGUUCUCAUUCAAGGCAUUCUUUGCAUUUUGUGGCUGGCCACCUCUCCCCCAUUCCCAGAUUUUGAAAUGCACUCAAUGAAUAAGGAAAUUGUCCUGCAGUGUAAUGAAGGAUCAGCCAACAUGUUCUAUUGUGUCUUAGGUUUUAUGGGGUUCCUGGCUACUGUAAGCUUCUCUGUAGCUUUCCUAGCCAGGAACCUGCCUGAUAGUUUUAAUGAAGCCAAGUUCAUCACCUUCAGCAUGUUGGUCUUCUGCAGUGUGUGGGUGUCCUUUGUUCCAACGUACCUGAGCACAAAAGGGAAAUACAUGGUGGCUGUGGAGAUCUUCUCCAUCCUGGCCUCCAGUGCUGGUUUACUCAUUUGCAUCUUUUCACCUAAAUGCUAUAUUAUUUUGCUGAAGCCUGAACUGAACAACAAGGAACCAGUGAAAAGAAACUCUUCCACCCAAGAAUUGGCCUUUAACACACACUGGGAUUAA